AUGAAAUGGACUGAAUUAAAUAUACCAGUUUCUAAAUUGAAAAUAAGUGAUGCUAUCUCACUUUAUGCUGAAGCUUGGAAAGCUGUAACAAAUAAAACUAUUAAGCAAAAUGAUGAUAAUGAAAAUCUAAAUGAAAUAGAAGAAGUUCAAAAAUUAUUAGAUCAAUAUAAUAAUUUUAAUUUUGGUGAUUUGAUGAAUGCUGAAGAGUUUAUCUUAAUUGAUGAUGAUAAUAAUUAUGAAGAAAAAGAAAUUACAGAUGAAGAAAUUGUAAAUAUUGUAAAAUCAAAUGAAAUGGAUCUUGCAGAAGAAGAAAUAAUUUUGCAAUCAAAAAUGUCUGUUUCAGAAGCAUUAGCAUCAUUAGACAAAGUAUUAUCUUUUCUUGAUAAUCCACCUGAUAAUUUUAUUAUAGAACUCAAUAACAGAAAUUUAUCACAUGAUCUUAAAAAACACAUUGUUCUUUUUGAUAAAAAUAGUAGAGUUCAAUCGGUAUUAGAUGGUUGGUUAAGCAUUUAA